AUGACCAAAGACGGUGAACCAUUCGUCGGGAAAUCGCACGGUGAAGACUUUACGCGAGUGACGUUCAUACCGGAUUUGGAUAAAUUCAAAAUGAGCGAACUGGAGGAUGAUAUAAUAGCGCUGAUGUCGAAGAGAGCAUACGAUGUAGCCGGUGCAACCAAAGGAGUUAAAGUUUACCUUAACGGUAAACUGUUACCGGUGAGAAUUAUUAUGAUCAAGUUUGGAUUAUUUGUGAAUUCACCAAUGUGA